UGCUGGUGCUUGAAUUGUCCAAGGCCUGCCCUCUUGCACAUUAACUUCCACCAGCAGAAUACCUUGGUUUGUCUCGAGAACAAUGAGGCGCGACAGACCCCAAGAGCGGGCAGCCAGCUGGCCAGCAGAGCACAUCAAGGUGCUGCUAGCCCUCUGGACUGAGGCAGCAGUGACUCACGACCUCAGCUCCCAUGGGAGGAACCGUGCCGUGUAUGACGGCAUUUCCCAGCGUCUUGCUGAGAUGGGCAUUUACCGGACCGGGGACCAAUGCCGGGAGAAAAUGAAAGGCCUGAAAGUGGCCUACCGCAAAGCCAAAGAAAACAACUCAGUGGGGCGGCCUCCCAUCAAGUGUCCAUUCUAUGACGAGAUAGACCAGAUAAUGACACAGUACAUCAACUGCAGGCCAGGCUUUCCCUCAGAAGCGGGGGAAGGCUCUAGCACCAUUGUGGACAGGCAGGAGGGACUCCCCAUCUCUGAGCCCUGGGGGUCCCAGUCUGGCAUCUCUGAGCGCUGGGGCUCCCAGGCCUCAGGACAUUGGUUAUCACAGGCCGCUGCCUCAGAAAGCCAAGGAACUGAUGAAUUCAGCUACAUCCAGGCAGAGUCUCAAGAUGCCUUUGGUGAGAUCCAAGUCAUCCCAGUCCAAGUGAAGGAGGAGGAGUCAGAAGAUGAGAUAUCCCCCGAGCUUGUGAUGGAAACACAACCCAUGCCGAGGCAUCUCAUCUCCAUGCUUGACCAGCGUCCUCACCUUCGAACCCGGAAGCAAAAAGUUCAGGGAGAGGGGCAGUCGAGCUAUCAAAGGGGUGCUGGCCAGAAGUACAACCGUUCCCAUCAUCUGGAGCUGCAGAGAAUGCAGAGACAGGUGGCCAGCCAAGCAGAUGAGAAGCAGAGCUUAGCCGAGUUCAUCCAGCAUGACAGGGAGAUGCGCCGGGAGGACAGGGAAUUCCAAACCCAGCUCUUUGAGAAACUUUUCCAGAAGCAGACGGAGCUUGUCCAGGCACUGUCUCAGAGAGCUCCUGUCAGCCCGACCUCCACCGCCUGUAUCAACACCUUGCACGCUUUGCAGGCAUCUGCAAAAAAUGGAGCAGAAACAGCUGCAGGGCCUGGUUCACAGCUACAGGCUCUGCUAGAACAGAUCGUGCAGGCUGAAGUCUCAGGGAAGGGUCUGACCAGGCUUGCUGUGAAGGAGGCCCUCGGAGGAGCCUUGAAAGUGCCUCCCGAGGUGCAGUACUGGACUGCUGAAGAGAUACUGAGAUGGCUGCUGUCUCAGCAGUCCCCUGGUGACCAGUGCCAAGAGGCGCCGGUGACCCCCAGGCCAGGAAUGGAGCCUGGCAAGGGCCACAACAAAUCCCAGCAGCUCUGUGGCAACAACUGUGCUAAAGAGGCAGAAACAGAUGCCGAUGUCGAAACCCAGCGCCAGUGCUUCAGACAGUUCUGCUACCAGGAUGCCUGCGGGCCCCAAGAGGUUUACAGGUGCCUGUGGGACCUUUCGCAUCAGUGGCUGAGGCCAGAGGCCCGCACCAAACAGCAGAUCAUGGAGCUGCUGGUGGUUGAGCAGUUUUUGAGCAUCCUGCCUGAAGAAAUCCAGACCUUGGUGCGUGAGUGCCAACCCGAAAACGGCAAGGAGGCUGUGGCCCUGGCAGAGAGGUUCCAGCUUCACUUUGAGUCCAAGAGGAAACGGGACCGGACACAAGUGACGUCUGAGGACGUGGUUCCAGUUUCUUCCCGAGGAAAACUGGAUGAGAAUGAAAGACAAACGGGCAUUAAAGAUAGCCAAGAGAACCCUGGGAGGACUAGCUUACUCGGUACAGAAGCACACCUUCGGCUGAGGAAGAGGCCAAAGUCGGGUCUGAGGGAAUGGAUUUCGUCCAGGCAAGGUGGAGAGCAUGGAGAGGCAACAGCGAAACACAGGAAGCUGAAUAAUAGCUUAGAGGAGCAGGAGGCGGCUGAGGCUGCAGAGAGAGCAAACCACAGGCCGACUCCCGGACCGGGAAAGCGAGACAGGAAAGCAAAAGGUUAG